UGACGUCUGCUUUGUGAACAAAACACACACACACACCUUAGCUCGUCGCGUCAUAUAAGUGAUAUAAUGUAUCGCAGGAAUCACUAAGGCCAAGAAAAUCCACAAAAAAGGGAGAAAAACAAAGAGACCAAGGAAAAAUCUAUUCAUCAUCCGUAGAAAAUCCAUAAUCGAAUAUUCAUGGUGUUCGUUUCACUUGUGCGGUGCAAAAAAAUCAUUUUCUCAAAUUGGGUGUAAACAAAAAAACAACGAAGAUGAUUCAUGUAGGGGAAAAUACAUGGAAUCUUAGGUUUUUCAUAACUGACCUCCAAGUGGAGAAACAUUUAAGGGUCAGGGGCGAUCAGCAUAUCGGUGGCAUAAUGUUGCAAUUAGUUGAUCCUGAGAACCCCAAAGAUUGGUCGGAUCAUGCUCUUUGGUGGCCGGAGAAAAAUAUGUGGCUAACACGCACAAGGUCGACAUUGGAUCAAGUGGGCGUGCAAGCGGAUGCAUUGUUACAUUUUACGCCUAUGCAUAAGAUACUACGUGUUCAACUUCCGGAUUUGCGUUACCUUGAUUGUAGGGUCGAUUUCUCCAUUAAAACCUUUACAGCUGUUGUGAAUCUGUGCAAGGACUUGGAUAUACGACAUCCCGAGGAAUUGUCCUUUUGCAAACCACUGGAACAGGAACAUUUGAAAAAGAAUUAUGGCAAAUAUCCACAGAAGAAGGUGGCCAUACCUGAUCCAAAUGGGCCAUGCUAUUUGCAACCGGCUGCAGAUACGAAUUCCUUUAUUCCCAUCAAUUCGGCCUACAAAGGAGGCAGUAGUGGUAGUUUGGAUCGAACACAGAAUGGUAACUUGUUGUGUGCUCCGGUAUCGCCAUAUAAUACAACACCAAGGAAAGGCGGCACAGCUCCGGGAACACCGGUAAUGUCCUCGCCCACGGGAACAUGGAAAAAUGCAAGCAGUAAUUAUGAUUCAUCAUCGAGUCUGGGAGAUUAUCAAGAGAACUUGGCAGCCUCUCCCCGUUGUCCUAGUCCCGAUGUAAGAUCUCGUCUAGUCCGACCGAAAACAUUGGUUGAAAAGGCUCGAAUGAAUGUGGGUUGGUUGGAUUCUUCGCUAUCCAUUAUGGAACAGGGCAUACGGGAGUAUGACACCUUGUGUCUACGUUUCAAGUAUUACACAUUCUUCGAUUUGAAUCCAAAAUAUGAUUUGGUACGCAUCAAUCAGCUGUACGAACAAGCCAAAUGGUCCAUACUGAAUGAGGAGUUGGACUGUUCCGAAGAGCAAAGUUUAAUGUUUGCUGCUUUACAAUUCCAAAUAAAUCAAUUGAAUGAAUUCCAGUCGUAUCAAGAUUCGGGAUUAGACUCUACAUUUGCCGAGAAUGGAACAGACGAUGACAUCGAUUCGGCCUUAAACGAAUUGCAAAUAACACUCGAGGGUCCAAAUUCUAGCCAUGAUUGCAAUAUUACCCAGAUACCAGAACUUUCCGACUAUUUGAGAUUUCUGAAACCUCGAAAAUUUACCAUGAAGGGCUACAAGAGGUAUUUCUUUGCCUAUCGUGACUUGCAUUUGCAUUUGUACAAAACUGCCGAGGACUCUCGCCGCGGAGCACCGGUUAUAACAAUUAAUUUAAGGGGUUGUGAAGUUACUCCCGAUGUCAAUUUAUCGCAACAAAAGUUUGCCAUACGCCUCGAGGUGCCGCCCGAGGGUGGAAAUGGACCAAACACAGAAGUGUGGAUUAGAUGUGAGACGGAGGACCAAUAUGCCAAAUGGAUGGCGGCAUGUCGUCUGGCGGCCAAGGGCCGCUCGCUGGCCGACAGUACGUAUGAUGCUGAGGUCAGCAACAUAAGAACAUUGUUGAAUUUGCAAAAACCAAACCAGAAGGCAGCCGUUAAUGUUGAUCCCCGGUCAAUUGAUUCACAGGACUAUCUGUCGCCCAAAAUGUUGAGAAAACUGUCGGGAAAAGCUGCCAUCAAAAUCUUAGAAGCCCAUGCCAAUGUUACAAAGCUAACGCUUAUCGAGGCCAAAAUGAAAUACAUACAGGCAUGGCAAUCUCUGCCCAACUUUGGCGUAUCUUUGUUCGUGAUUAAAUUCGAUGGCCACAAGAAGGAGGAGCUGUUGGGUGUUGCUCACAAUCGUAUUAUGCGCAUGGACCUUAACACGGGCGAUCAUAUCAAAACCUGGCGCUACAAUACAAUGAAAGCCUGGAAUGUCAAUUGGGGCAUCAAGUGUAUGAUGAUUCAAUUCCAUGACGAAAAUGUGGUCUUCUCUUGUCUCUCGGCCGAUUGCAAAGUGGUGCAUGAAUUUAUCGGUGGAUAUAUCUUUAUGACGAUGCGUUCGAAGGAGAACAACCAGACGCUAAACGAGGAGAUGUUCCACAAGCUAACCGGUGGUUGGAUUUAGGGUGGCCGUAUUGUGUGUAGAGUGGCGAGCGUACAUUUUGUAACUUUUAGCACAAAAUUAAAGUAACGCACAUUUAAUCUCUUUCAAACAAAGUAAAAAAACAAAAGAAAAAAAGGAAACUAGUACUAAAAGUUAAUUUUCAUAUUUCCAGUUAACGAAAAACAAAACAUAUUCUUCAAGAACAAACGAAAUAACAA